GUAUUAGCAAGCUAUUAUUAGGUGCUAGAUAAAACUUUAUAUUCAUAGAUAAAAAUUGUUCGUUAAAAGUAACUCUUUCAGUCGUCUUAUAACUUUGUAAAUGGUAAAAAUUAGAUUCAUUGCUGCAGCUUUUGGAGCUAGCAUGGGAAUGUUUUCAUUAGGAACAUACGUUGGUUGGGCAUCACCGACAAUACCAAAAUUAUUAAAGGACAAUUCUCCAAUAAAAUUAAAUCCCGAUGAGGCAUCACUUGCAAUUUCAUUAUUAAAAGCUGGCAAUGCAUUAGGUUGUAUUAUUUCAAUUUUUCUUGUUGAUUUCAUUGGACGUAAGGGUACAAUAAUUAUUUCUAUAAUUCCAACAACAAUUGGCUGGAUAAUUAUAUUAUUUGCAAAAUCGGCAAUGACAUUAUACAUAGCAAGAAUUGUGGGUGGUAUCUCAAAUGGAUUAUCGGCAACAACUGUUCCAAUGUAUCUUGCGGAAAUUUCUCCAGCUUCAAUUAGAGGCACAGUUGAAUCUUGUGCAAUAUUAUUGAUGUAUGGUGCAAUUAUUUUUGCCUAUGGAAUUGGACCAUUUAUUGAUAUUCGUCAAUUUGCAGGAAUAUCAAUAGCAAUAUCUUUAUUUCAUUUUUUCUUUUUUAUUUGGUUUCCCGAAACGCCUUAUUAUUUGAUAAAAUGUAAAAAUGAAGGGACUGCUCGAAAAACAUUGAAUUUAUUACGUAAAAAUUCCAUAUCUGAAGAAAUAGAAUCAAUUAAACGUACAGUUGGAAAUGAGGAAAAAUGGAAUAUUCAAGAGAUAUUCUCAAAUUCAAAAAAUAUGAAAAAAUUGAUGUUAGGUGUUGGAGUUAUGCUCAUUACCGUUACAUGUGGAGAGAUUUUACUUUUGAAUAAUUCGGAAAUUUUGUUUAAUUCAAUAGAAGGAAAAUUAUUAGAUGGAAAAUAUGCUAGUAUGAUAUUGGCUGGUGUUUUAGUGAUAGUUUCAUUAAUUUUCUUUUCAUUAGUUGAUUAUAUUGGUAGAAAAUUAUUACUUAUUUCAUCAUCAUUUGGUGUUAUUAUAUUUAGUAUUUUAGUGGGUGGUUAUUUUUAUUUUCAAGAAUCUGGCUAUAAUAUUUAUCAUUUAAGUUGGAUACCAACAUUUGGUAUUUUAUUGAUUAUUGCAAGUACAUCAAUUGGUGCAACUGCAAUACCAUAUGUUGUUGUUAGUGAAAUUUUUCCAAUGAAAUUGAAAGCAAUUUAUUCUGGAAUUAGUAUGUGUUUAACAUUUUUUUCGGCAUUUAUUGCAUUAGAAAUAUUUUCACUUAUUAUUAAUCAUGUUAAUAUUUAUACUGCAUUUUUUUUACUUGCUGCUAUUAAUAAUGUUAAUGUUUUAUUUAUUUAUUUUUAUUUACCUGAAACAAAACGUAAAACAUUGGAAGAGAUUCAAAUGAAUAAUAUUACUCAUUGAAUAUAAGUAUUAAAAAAAAAAAAUUUUUUUUAUAAACUUUUAAAAAAUAGAGAAUUUAAAAAAAUUAAUCGUUUUGAAAAUUGAUUAAAAUUGUUAAGCGAAAUAAAAAAAAAAAG